AUGUCUUUGAACACGGGCAGCUCGACGUCCGAAGAGUCCGUCUCGACUUCGGUGAGGCGAGCCCCGCCUCGACCCAAGAUUCAAGAUUUACCGGAGGGUAUGGACCCGACCAAGUUCUCGACUCUGAAGAAAUUCCAUGUCGUCUUCGUCGGCACGUGGUUCACCGCCAACAGCGCCAUCGGGUCCUCUCUGCCGUCCGGCGCAGUGAGCUGGAUCGCCGAUGACUUCUCCGUCACCAAUCCGACCCAUCUCGUCCUCCUCAACUCCUUGUUUCUCGUCGGUUACUCUGUCGGCCCUCUAUUUUUGGGACCCAUGAGUGAGUACGCCGGCCGCUCGCGCGUGCUGCUCGCAGCCUACGUCGGCUACUGCAUCUUCACACUCGCUUGCGCCGUCGCACCUUCAUAUCCCGCCCUGCUCAUCUUCCGCCUCCUCGGCGGCGUAAACGCCGCAUGCACCAACGCCGUCGUCGGGGGCCUCUUCGCCGACAUCUACGACGAACCGAUCCAGCGGGGCCGCGUGCUCGCCUACUUCAUGACGGCCACGACCAUCGGACCGCCCCUGGGCCCCAUCAUCUCCGGCUUCGCCUCAACCAUCGACUGGCGCCUGACCUUCUGGAUCGGCCUCGCUCUCCUGGGCAUCGGCCUCCCUGCCCUCAUCACGCUGCCCGAGACCCAGGCCGAGAAGACCAGCCGGGACGACCCCGACAUGCCGGCCCUCACCAAGACGGAGACACUGAGCGGCAACAUCCAGGUCAUCUUCGCGCGGCCCUUCACCAUGAUAGUGCGGGAACCCGUUGUGCUCUUCUCCUCGCUGUACAUGGCGCUCGUCUACUCGAUCCUCUACCUCUUCUUCCAAGCCUAUCCCAUCAUCUUCCAGGGCGUCUACGACAUGGAGCCCGGUUUCGUGGGCCUCGCCUUCCUGCCCGUCCUCGGCGGUUCGGCCGCUGCCCUCGCCAUUUUCAUGUGGUUCAGCGCCUACCACGCCGCCGCCCUGCGCCCGCGGCGCGGCCUGGACGCGUCAGGACGAGUACCGCCGCCUGCCCCUCGCCUGCAUCGACUGUCCCUCUCCCUCUUCUGGCUCGGCUGGUCCUCCCGCGCGACCGUCCACCCGGUCGUGCCCAUGAUGUCCGGCUUCCUCUUCGGCGCCGGCUACCUCCUCAUCUUCAUGGCCAUGCUCAACUACCUCACCGACGCCUACCGCCAGUUCUCGGCCUCGGCCCACACGGCCGCCAGCACGACGCGCUCCGUCUGCGCCGUCUGCCUGCCCCUCGCGACGCGGCCCAUGUACGCCCGCCUCGGCAUCGCCUGGGCCUGCUCGCUGCUCGGCUUCGUAGCCCUCGCCAUGGCCGUCAUCCCCUUUGUCUUCAUCCGCUGCGGCCGGUCCAUUCGCGGCCGGAGCCCGUUCUGCCAGCAGGUGCUCGCGCUCGAGCGCCCUGCGGAUGACACCGAUGAGGAGGAGGCGAGGGGGGAGGAGCUGCGGAGCCCGGGGGACGCUGAAUGCGUAGGAAGCCAAAGCCGAGAGCGUGGCCUGGUGCUCCGCUCUUUGCUGUUUUGCUGA